AAAUAGGAACGAAUCAAAUCUAAUCCAGUAACUUUUCUGUUUGACAAAUUAUUUAUGAAAUAAAAAAACAAAAUACUCGGUAUCAUAAAUAAUUGAAUAAAGAUAAACAAUAUACUUGUACUCCGUAUAAAAUUAAAAAAAGGCAAAAAAAAAAAAAACAAAAAAAACAAAAACAAAAACAACAAACAGAAUAACGGAUACACACAUUUUCCACUUCCCCCCUUUCUCCCUCUCUUCCUUGAAAUCUCUUCUUCCAAAUUUCCAGAUUCAUUUCUAACCGUCCGAUUAACCGGAGAAUGAGCGACGCCGGUGAAAUUUCGUCAGAAUCACCGUCAAUGGACGGAGCACCGCCGAGCAAAGUAGUGGAGAAGCAAAAGGAUAAGGAUAAAGCUAGGGUAAGCAAAACGUCAGCAAUUCUAUGGCAUGCUCAUCAAAACGACGCCGUUGCGGUCCGGAAGCUUCUAGAAGAAGAUCCUACCCUUGUUAAUGCUAGGGAUUACGAUAAUCGAACUCCUCUUCAUGUUGCUUCGCUUCAUGGUUGGAUCGAUGUUGCUAAGUGUUUGAUUGAUUUUGGCGCUGAUGUCAACGCUCAAGAUCGCUGGAGGAACACCCCUCUAGCUGAUGCCGAAGGUGCAAAAAAACAUGGAAUGCUUGAGCUUUUGAAAACAUAUGGCGGUUUGUCUUAUGGACAAAAUGGGAGCCAUUUUGAACCAAAAGCUGUGCCCCCACCCCAACCAAACAAGUGUGACUGGGAGAUUGACCCUUCUGAGCUGGAUUUUUCGCACUCAGCAAUAAUUGGAAAGGGAUCAUUUGGUGAGAUUUUGAAAGCCUACUGGCGAGGGACUCCAGUUGCAGUUAAGCGCAUACUUCCAUCUCUUUCAGAUGAUAGAUUAGUCAUUCAGGAUUUUAGACAUGAAGUCAUUUUACUGGUGAAGCUUCGUCAUCCUAACAUUGUACAAUUCCUUGGAGCUGUGACUGAGAAAAAGCCUUUGAUGUUGAUCACGGAAUAUUUGAGAGGGGGUGAUCUACAUCAGUAUCUUAAAGAAAAGGGAGCUCUUAGUCCAUCAACAGCUAUAAAUUUUGCAUUGGACAUUGCAAGAGGAAUGGCUUAUCUUCAUAAUGAACCUAAUGUCAUUAUCCACCGAGAUUUAAAGCCAAGGAAUGUUCUCUUAGUCAACUCUAAUGCAGACCAUUUAAAAGUCGGAGACUUUGGACUGAGCAAGCUCAUCAGGGUACAACAUGCUCAUGAUGUAUAUAAGUUGACUGGGGAGACAGGAAGCUACCGUUAUAUGGCUCCAGAAGUUUUCAAGCAUCGGAAAUAUGACAAAAAGGUUGAUGUCUUCUCCUUCGGCAUGAUAUUAUAUGAGAUGAUUGAGGGAGAGCCUCCCUUGUCAAGUUAUGAACCAUAUGAGGCAGCAAGAUAUGUGGCUGAAGGACAUAGACCUACCAUUAGAUCCAAAGGGUUUGUCCCAGAUUUGAAAGAGUUAACUGAACAGUGUUGGGCUGCUGAUAUGAACCAGAGGCCUACCUUUCUGGAGAUUCUUAAGAGACUUGAGAAAAUUAAGGACAAUCUUCCAGCAGAGCAUCACUGGCACUUUUUUUCUGGAUGACAAACUCUGCAUUAUGACGCUUGUGGUCUGACAACUAGCUAGUUAUUCAUGCCAACACUGUUGAUGUCCAAUUCUGGCUUAAGGUAUUGCCAUUUCUAGAUAAAUAGUCCCUUGUUCAUUUUGAAGAGUGAUACACCUGUUUAUUAGCUUCAAUUAUUUUUAAUCGAAUCAUUAGCUAUAUCAGAUUCUAGCCAACACAACCUUAUUCAAACAUUAUAGGUUUCCGACUCCAAAUAUUCAUUCUGAGUCAUAUAUGCCUUGGGUGGGCUUAUUUUAUGACUGGUCGUGUAUACAUAUUAAAAUUACAAUAUUUUUAUGUUCUUUGUAUAUUGUAUUAUUUGUGUACUACGCUUUGUAAUCUGUCAUUUGACAUUUUUUUUUUUCCAUUUUCAUAUGCCUUGUAAAUGACAAGAUUGACAACUGCCUUCUUUGGUAGAUUUUAAGAAGAUAAAGUUAGCAGCUCUUAAGACUGUGUUGUGCAA